AGGGAGAGAGACGCAAUUCCUGGCAGGGGGAAGCUGCUAACUUGUUCCUCCGGGCUUUGAUCCGCGGAAGUCUAGUGGGGGGGAAAGAAAGCUUUGAUCAUAAGCCACUUAAGAGGGAAAGUCCCCUUUAAUCCGACGGUGGGGAGACCUUGCGUAGCCCAACUACUAAUAUCACAGCUCAUCUAAUACUCCAGCUUCUCACUCCUUAAAAGUAAAUAUACCCCUUUCCUCCUACUUCCCACCCCACACCCCCUUUGCAGCUCUCCACCCCUUAGGCUGCCUCCGGUUUCUGUGGCUUCCAAAGUUUUCCAGUCGCUUAAGAGCCAUGGGGAAUGGGAUGAACAAGAUUCUUCCUGGCCUGUACCUUGGAAAUUUUAAAGACGCUCGUGACACCGAACAACUGAAGCGGAACAACGUCACGCACAUCCUUUCGAUCCAUGACAGUGCCAGGCCUAUGCUCGAGGGAGUGAAGUAUCUCUGCAUCCCAGCAGCUGAUUCACCCUCACAGAACCUAGCCAGACACUUCAAAGAAAGUAUUGAAUUUAUCCACGAAUGCCGGCUUAGAGGUGAAAGCUGUCUCGUCCACUG